GAUUUGGAACGAAAGCAAAAUGGCUCGAGGACGCAAGAGCAAUAGCAUCAAACAGAGCGACUUCACUAACAGCACCAAUCCUCAGGAUUUAGAGAGAAGACUUUUUAUCGGCAAUUUGCCCACAGACCACAUGACUCGUGAAGAAAUGGAAGAGAUAUUUUCAAAAUAUGGCAAAAUCAGGGCCCUCAGCAUGUACCAUGGCUAUGGGUUCGUGCAGUAUGACCGUCUAGAAGAUGUCCAGGCCGCUCUGGACGGUGAGAAGGGUCGCCUUUAUAAAGGGUAUAGAUUAGAUAUUAAUAAAGCAGUGGAAAGAAGAAAUAUGAAUAAGGCUUCAUCAAGGUCCAGUCCAGCACGAAGAGAGCCAUAUGCCUAUGGGGAUGGCCGAGAUGCCAGACGCGACCGCUCCCCUCUUCGGGGGAGCCCAAGGAGAGACCCCAGAGAUGGCAGGGAUGGUAGAAACGGACGAGAUUCCAGAGACACUCGAGACAUUCGAGCUAGAGACAUGCGUGACGCUAGAGACCACAGGGACCCACGGGACCUGCGAGACCCACGAGAUAUCAGGGAUCCAAGAGACUUGCGGGACCCUCGUGAUGUUAGAGAUCUUCGUGACCCACGGGAGCCGCUGUAUGAUCGAUACAGGGAUCCACGGGAUCCUCGGGACCCUUUGUACAGACGAGAUGAAUCUUACGACCGUUACCUUCACCUUGAAGACUACUAUCGGCGGAAGGAUGACUCUUACUAUGACCGUUACAAAGAGCAUUUUGAUAGAGCACCGGUGAAUUCAGAAGGUGAAUACCUUGCCAAGGACCGUCUGAAGCGUGAGGAGCGGCGCCGAGAGGAGCUGUACCGUCAGUACUACGAGGAAAUCAAGAGACGUUUUGAUGCAGAGAGACCUGUGGAUUGUUCUGUGAUAGUGGUGAAUAAACAGACAAAGGAGUACGCGGAGUCAGUGGGGCGGAAGGUGCGGGAUCUGGGCAUGGUAGUGGACCUGAUCUUCCUCAACACAGAGAUGUCACUGACGCAAGCCCUGGACGAUGUGAGCAGAGGAGGGUCUCCUUUUGCCAUUGUCAUCACCCAGCAGCAUCAAGUUCACCGCUCUUGCACUGUUAACAUCAUGUUUGGCACUCCACAAGAACACCGCAACAUGCCCCAAGCUGAUGCCAUGGUGCUGGUGGCAAGGAAUUAUGAGCGCUACAAAACAGAGUCACGGGAGAAGGAGCGCGAGGAAAUCGCCCGGCAGGCUGCCAAGAUGGCAGAUGAAGCUGUUCUGCAGGAGCGGGAGCGCCCACCCUCCAUGGAGGAGGGUGUCAGAGGAGGUCACCCUCCAGGGAUUCAGACUCUCUUGAACCUGCUGGCAGACAAUCGUUAUCUAACUGCUGAGGAGACUGAUAAAGUAAUUAAUUACUUGAGAGACCGGAAGGAACGGUUACUGAGGGGAAGCACUGAUUCUCUGCAGGCAUCCAUGUCAAGACAGUCUUUGGGGGCACCUUCAGGAUCAUCUUUGGGUAGUCAGUCCAGCCUUCCAAGCUCUCAGGCUCAUCAGGGUUCACAGCCUCUGGUCUCUGCUCCUUCUGUUCCAGUGUCCUCUUCUAAUCCUCAGCAGGAGCUUCAAGCAAAAAUCCUCAGUCUCUUCAACAGCGGGGCGGCAGCAGCAGCAGCUGCUGUAGCAAACAGCAGUUCUGCAGCCUCUGCGGGCACUUCGGGCAGCACUCCAAACCAGAACUUUGCUAACAUGGCCAGCGGUCAGGCCCGGUCAGCACAGAUGAGUGCUGGAAAUCUAAACCAGGCUCAGCAGAGAUUGCAGACUCCAAGCACGCAGCUUCCUGCUCUCCAAGGCCCUUCAAGAAAUGCAGGUCCAAGACCUGGAGCUCCUCCACAAGCUCAGUCCCUCUAUGGUCAGCACCAAAAUCGCCUCCCUGCACCUGGCAAUGUACCCGCUCAAAGGCCAGUAUCUUCUGGUAUCAACUUUGACAACCCUAGUGUACAGAAAGCCUUGGACACCCUUAUCCAGAGUGGUCCUGCACUCUCCCACCUUGUGAGCCAAACCGUGGCCCAGGGGCGAGCAGGGUCCUCAGCCCAGCAACCUAUGGGUUCCUACCAGCGGCACUAUUAAAGCUGAGCUGUCAGGCCCUUUCCCCUUCCCUUUGCCAUUCCAUACUUAUAGCUGUUUAAAGAGU